GCCUUCGUACGUAUCUACGGUAGUUUGUAAGGUGGCAUACCGUAUUGCUAACUUAGAACACCUGUUUGCUUAGUCAUCUCUUCGUUGGCCACGCUGGGUGUUUGCAUGUCUGCGAGGCAUUCGUAUUGUGAGAGCAUUUGUCGGAGCAGUAUCAAGCCUUUUUCUUGUGUUUCCGCUGAAUACAUAACAAGGAUUUAAAUGAUGUGGAGAGCAGCGUUGAUACCAAAGCGCCUUUUUGCGACAUCGCAGGAGUACUGGGCAAACAAAAUGAAGAUUGCAGUCAUAGGUCAAUCCAUGUUUGGUGCAGAUACUUAUAACAUUCUGCGAAAAAAUGGCCACAAAGUUGUUGGAGUGUUUACUAUACCAGAUGUUGGUGGGAAGCAGGAUCCCCUAGCUGUUGCUGCUAGCCAAGAUGGAGUCCCAGUCUUUAAAUUUAAACGUUGGCGAUUAAAGGGCAAACCAAUACCUGAAGUAGUGGAACAAUAUGCUUCAUGUGGAGCUGAAUUGAAUGUGAUGCCAUUCUGCUCACAAUUCAUACCCAUGAAUGUGAUUGAUCACCCAAAGAAUGGUUCCAUUAUCUACCAUCCUUCCAUACUACCAAAGCAUAGAGGUGCUUCUGCCAUUAACUGGACCCUUAUGUCUGGGGACAAGAAAGCUGGCUUUACAAUAUUCUGGGCCGAUGAUGGUCUUGAUACUGGGCCCAUCUUACUUCAACGAGAAUGUGAUGUUAAAGCAAACGAUACCGUUGAUGACAUAUACAACAGAUUUCUCUACCCUGAGGGUAUAAAGGCCAUGGGAGAAGCUGUACAACUGAUAGCUGAUGGCAAGGCACCAAAAAUUGUGCAGUCUGAAGAAGGGGCUUCAUAUGAAGGCAUUAUGAAACACAGCACUGCAGAAAUUAACUGGGACCAACCGGCAAUCAACUUGCAUAAUUUUAUCAGGGGCAAUGACAAAGUUCCUGGGGCUUGGACAGUUAUAAAUGAUGAGAAAGUAACUUUGUUUGGGUCAACUGUCCAUCGAAGCAAACUACCAACUGGGGAGGCUGUUCAAGUAAAAGGAAUGGCACAACCAGGCAUCGUGCAUAAGAACGGACUUCUUCUUUAUGGAAGUGAUGGAAAAAAGAUAAAUGUGAAAAACAUCCAAUACUCUGAUGGUAAGAUGGUUGCUGCUUCAAAAUUCGGGCAAGCAGAUGCAUCUGAAACACUGGAGCUUACUGAAGAAGAAAAAGGAAUGAUGGCCAAGAUUUCUACAGCUUGGGGUGGCAUCCUUAACAAAGAGAUUGAUGAGGAAACAGACUUCUUUAAAUCUGGUGCUGGUUCUAUGGAUGUUGUUAGGUUGGUAGAAGAGGUUAAGCAAGGUAUUGCUGUUGUCUUAAAAAACGAGGAUGUAUAUAUGAACACCACAUUCGGUGCCUUUAUACAGAAGGUGAUUCGAGUUUUCCGAGGUUUAGAAGUUGAAGAAGAGCUUGAUGUUGAUUAUGCCGAAAAGGAGGUGAAAGGAAACGUGUUGCAGAUGCCACAUCAACUCUUUAUCAACAAUGAAUUUGUUGAUGCUGCAAAUGGUGAUGAAUACAACACCAUCAACCCUGCUGAUGAAUCUGUGAUCUGCAAAGUAUCGAAAGCAACGGUAGAAGAUGUGGAUGAGGCAGUGGAGGCUGCUAAGGAGGCUUUCGAGGUUGGACCAUGGUCCACUAUGAAUCCUAGGGAUCGUGGUGAAAUGAUGUUCAAACUCGCAAACUUAAUGGAAGAACACCAAGAAGAGCUUGCAAUGAUUGAAUCCAUUGAUUCUGGAGCGGUGUAUACCCUUGCUCUUAAAACACACGUGGGAAUGUCUAUACAAACAUUCAGGUACUUUGCUGGCUGGUGUGACAAAAUCCAUGGCAAGACAAUCCCAAUUAACCAGGCUCAUCCAAACCGUAACCUCACCUACACCAAACGAGAACCUAUUGGCGUGUGUGCGAUAGUUAUUCCAUGGAACUACCCACUAAUGAUGUUGGCAUGGAAGAUGGCGUCUUGCUUGGCAGCUGGGAACACAAUGGUGUUGAAACCUGCACAAGUUACCCCUCUUACUGCACUCAAGUUUGCUGAGCUGGUAGUUAAAGCCGGCUUUCCUAAAGGAGUAAUCAACAUUCUGCCUGGAGCUGGUUCAAAUAUUGGUCAGAGACUGGCAGACCAUCCAGAUAUCAGGAAACUUGGUUUUACUGGAUCAACUCCAAUUGGAAAGCAGAUCAUGAAAAGUGCCGCUGUCAGCAACCUGAAGAAAGUAUCUCUGGAGCUUGGUGGGAAAUCCCCUCUUAUAAUAUUCAGUGACUGUGACAUGGACAAAGCAGUUAGAUUUGGAAUGAGUUCUGUGUUUUUCAACAAAGGAGAAAAUUGUAUCGCAGCUGGUCGUCUUUUCGUUGAAGAUUCAAUCCAUGAUGAGUUUGUUGCCAGGAUCAUUGAAGAGAUAAAAAAGAUGAAGAUUGGUGAUCCUUUAAGUGCAAGCACUGAUCAUGGACCACAAAACCACAAGGCUCACUUAGAUAAAUUGGUUGAAUACUGUGAUGUUGCUGUGAAAGAAGGCGCUACACUUACAUACGGUGGCAAACAAUGUGACAUGCCAGGCUUGUAUAUGAUGCCAACUGUUAUCACUGAUGUACAAGACCACAUGUAUGUAGCAAAGGAGGAAUCAUUUGGACCUAUCAUGGUGGUAUCCAAGUUCCCUGAUGGUGAUGUAGAUGGUGUUUUGAAGCGUGCCAAUGACACUGAGUAUGGGCUUGCAUCUGGAGUGUUCACGAAAGACAUCAGCAAAGCAUUAUACGUUUCUGACAAGCUUGAUGCUGGUACAGUAUUUGUAAACACGUACAACAAAACAGACGUUGCUUCUCCAUUCGGUGGUUUUAAACAGUCCGGUUUCGGCAAAGAUCUUGGGGAGGACGCACUUAACGAGUAUUUGAAGACUAAAGCAGUAACCCUGGAAUAUUAAACCUUCCUGUCUCUAUGUCUUGCACUACCAGAUCUUCACAAACAACAUACAAGUCAUCCAUAUCUUCCUCCAUUGCCGUAUUUUCUGAAUGUUUCUGCAUGAUUUCAUCAAAUAGUUCAAAUUCUUUUAGCUCUUGGUGGCAGAAGGGGUAGUUUUAUAGAUACGUAAUUCUAUUAUGUUAUUUCACUUUUUUUACAACUUUUAUUUCGAUCAGUUUGGAUUUUAAACAACAUUUUUCUACUAAUAUAAUAUACUUAGUGUUACUAUUACCAAAUAUCCUAUGUCAAACAUUUCUUCUGUAUUAAGAAAGUAAAUUAAUUUUACCCCGACUUUAAGAAUAGAUAUCUUGAUACAGAAAUUAAUUUACUAAGUUCAUAUUAAAACUUCCUGCUUGAA